UCGAUAAGAACCACAGGAGUUUAGGAAUAAGAACGACAAGAGUUUAGGAUUCAUUUCUUGCAAGCUGUUUAAUAUGAUGAUUCUACAAAAGUUUUGACUUCUUAUCUGCUUUUUUUUUAUUUGAUGAUUUAACUUGAUGUCAUUAGAGUCCUUUGACUAACAAGAACUGCUUCAAAAAUGCUCGGAUAGUUGGGCAAUACAUACUAUUGUGAUGUUUAUGAAACUGAGACAGGCUGGAGGAUCGGUUGGGCUUGUGCUACACCAAACAUAGCAUCUGCAAUCAGAAACAUUCACGUAAGGAUUACAGAUUCGGCUCCCUCACCUUUUCAGGAAGCUGCACUAACUGCCUUGACGAGCUCCCCAUCCUACUUUACAUCCUUACGAAGACUUUGCAUGUUGUUAAAGGAAUAUGAGGCAAGGAGAGAUCACAUUGUGGCCAUAUUGUCCAAGCUUGGCUUUGAAAUUCAGUGCAAACCUCAGGGUUCAGUAUUCGUGUUUGCAGUGAUUCCCAAGAACUGGUUACACUCCGACGUUGAUUUUGUUAGAGCCUUGAUUCAAAAAGCCGGUGUGGCAGCAGUGCCCGGCUGCGGGUUCUUCCAUUUGGAUUCUAAUGGUGAGAUCUAUCGAAAUAGAUACAUUAGGUUUGCUUUCUGCAAGAGCGAAGCGACGCUGGCUGCUGCUGCUCGAAAAAUGCAAGAUAUUGCCAAUAGUGAUGGAUCGCUGCAGCUCGAUUAGAAGCAAAGUAAGAUUUUACUGUUUCAUUGUUAUUUCCAAAGACUUGUUUUUUUUUCCGCUUAAUUAAUUAAGACUAAAAUCUCGACAAAUAAAUUGCCAUAGUUCAACACGCUAUAUAUUUUGGAAGUAACAAGAUUUGAUGGAAAAAGUUAUUGAUCAA